UUUCCGGUAUCCCCACAGCCAGGCUGCUUUGCUGAAUCAGGGAAUUUCUCGAGAAUAGUUUAAGUUAAAGGUUAAACAACUAUUUUGAUACCAUUUUAACUGAAGCUAAAACUUUUGUAUUUUAUUAAUUAAAUACAAGUGAACAUUGUCGCUGCCAAAUGGAUAAAGCUGUCAGUUUAAAGAAUCAACCUGAUAAACUAACAACAGUCACGAUGGUGGAAACCAACAGCAACCCGAGCGGCAUGGUUCUGGUCAACUCUUAUCACACCAAUCGAGUUGGAGAUCCCAUGGACCUGGUGGCUCUGGCUCAACAGGUUCAGAAGGGAGAUGAAUUUGUCCGAGCAAACGCAUGCAACAAGCUGACCGUCAUCGCUGAGCAAAUAAGAUACCUGCAAGAGCAGGCGAGAAAGGUGUUAGAGGACGCUAAGAGGGACGCCGAUCUUCACCACGCAGCCUGUAAUGUUGUGAAGAAGCCAGGAAACAUGUACUAUCUGUACACGCGUGAAUCCGGCCAGCGGUACUUCUCGAUACUCUCCCCGAAGGAAUGGGGUCCUAGUUGUCCCCACAAGUUCCUCGGCGCUUACAAACUGCAGCACGACAUGUCCUGGACUCCGAUGGAAGACAUUCAAAAGCGGGACGCAGAAAUUAGCAUAAUGGACAAACUCCUGAACAGACAAACGGCCCUACCAGCCAGCACAGAACCAAAUUUCGAGGGUCUUCCAAACUAACAGAGUACAACCAAAUCUGAUAACUGAAAACAAAAUAAGUUAAAUCUGUGUCCAGGAAAUUAAGUCAUCGAUUCAGAAUUCUAUGAGAAUAUGUUUCUGAACCAAACAUGCUUUAUUGUGUAUUUCAGUGGUAUCUGAUUGCAGAUUGCACACAAUGCCUCUCUCAUUGGAGCUGCCUCAACUUUUAAAAUAAGUUUUAGAGCGUCAAACCAUGUUAGCAGUAUACACUUGAUUUUAAACAAAAAUUCAGACUCCAGAAAUCAACUCUUCAGUGACCUUGAAGUACAAACUGACAUUUAGCCAACAUUUCACAAAACAUAAAGACUUAAGGUAGAAUUUUUUGCUGUGAUGUCUAAUGGCAGAAAUGUACUCAACACGCUGUUCUCCGUGUGUUUGUGUUGUCAACCUGCAAUGUUGUGAGCGUAUUUCUUCAUGUACACCACAAUGUAUAUGAUGCAUAUUUGUCACUGUGCACUGGUAAAGACACACGUCAAAACAGUUGGUGAGAACUGAGUACUCUCGUAAAUGUUGCCACGUUUGUUAACUUUAUGCUAUACUGUCU